GUUGUCGAAUAGCUCAGAUUCGAAGUGCCAAAUCAGAGGCCACAAAUCAGGUUUAGAGAACCAGAUGAGUCGUCGCGUGUUAACUUGCAAUGAUCUAAGCAACAAAACUUCUAGUUACCGUUGAGAAAUGAGUCGAGUCUACAGCGGGCUUCUAGUUACCAUUGAGAAAUCUGCGGUGAACUCUCUUACUUUGCCCAAGCACAAGUCAGGUUACGUAAGCUUUCUCCAGUUGCCGCAACUCGAAAUCGUCAGCGAUGAGUACGGUCACCGACGGUGACGCUCCCUCCGACGCACCCAACAUGACCCUCUACAUCAACAACCUCAACGAGAAGAUCAAGAUCGAAGAACUUAAAAAGUCCCUGCAAGCUGUUUUCUCUCAGUUUGGUAAAAUAUUGGAAGUGCUAGCCUUCAAGACAUUGAAACAUAAAGGACAAGCAUGGGUUGUCUUUGAGGACGUCUCUUCGGCGGCCGAGGCACUUAAGAGGAUGCAAGGAUUUCCGUUCUACGACAAGCCUAUGAGAAUCCAAUAUGCUAAGACCAAAUCAGAUGUUAUAGCUAAGGCUGAUGGUACUUUUACUCCUCGAGAAAAAAGGAGGCGGCAUGAUGAUAGAGCUGAAAGGAAGCGCAGGGAUCAAAAUGCGAAUCAGGCUGGUGCCGGUUUGAACCCAGCUUAUGCUGGUGCCUAUGGUGGUGUCGUACCACUGCUAUCUCAACUACCUUAUCCUAGAGGAGCCAAGUCUAUACUUCAAGAGCUCCCACCUGUGCCGAACAACAUCUUGUUUGUUCAGAACCUCCCUCAUGAUGCUUCUUCGGUGAUGCUGCAAAUGGUUUUCAGCCAAUAUCCCGGUUUUAAGGAGGUCAGGAUGGUCGAAGCAAAGCCUGGGAUUGCUUUUGUCGAGUAUGGGGACGAGAUGCAAGCUUCGGUCGCUAUGCAAGCUCUUCAGAGCUUCAAGAUCACUCCUCAGAGUCCUAUGCUCAUCAAUUAUGCAAAGAAAUGAAAGGAUUCUUUCGAAUCUUUCGCUCCAUUUUCACGCGACCAUAGAUGAAACAUGGUUUUGUGCAAAUCGUGGUUGUAUUAAGAUUCGAUAGAAAAUUUUGAUUGGUUUUAGUGUACUGAUACCUUGGUGGAUGAAGGUUUAGAGGAGGGAUCUCAGGUUUCUUAAAUUGCCUAAUACUCAUUAGUUGAGAUUUUGAGAUCAUUUUUUUCCAGUGGGUAAUGCUCAUUGUACUAGGACUACUAUUUUGGUCUUGUAAGACGCAAGAAUGUGUAAUAUUUCCUGUGAAUUGCAAUCAUUGCACAUUCGUUUCUAUUUA